GUAAAAUUCGAAACAAUACUUCACAUCAGAUCUCCAUCCUCUACAUCAUAUAUAGUACCCCUAGUAGUAGACUGCUAAACAAAGAGAGAUGGCUCAAUAUGGCGGAGGAAGAAGAUGGUCUCUUGAAGGAAUGACUGCUCUUGUCACUGGUGGAACCAAAGGAAUUGGGUAUGCAGUUGUGGAGGAAUUGGCUGGUCUAGGUGCAACUGUGCACACUUGUUCUCGGAACGAAACCCAGCUCCAAGAAUGCUCGAGUCAAUGGAAGAAGAAGGGUUAUCAUCAAGUCACUGGUUCAGUCUGUGAUUUGGUCUCAAAAGUCCAGAGAGAGGAGCUGAUACACAAGAUCUCUUCAAUGUUCCAUGGCAAACUUAACAUUCUUGUAAACAAUGUGGGAACUAUUCAUCAAUUUAAGCCAACAACUGAGUAUACAUCUGAAGAUUACUCAUUCAUCAUGACUACCAACCUUGAAUCUACUUACAAUAUGUGCCAACUUGCACAUCCUCUUCUGAAAGCUUCCGGAGCUGGAAACAUUAUUCUUCUGUCUUCUGUUGCUGGUGUGGUAUCAAUUGGGAACGUUGGAAGCAUAUAUGGUGCAACUAAAGGAGCAAUGAAUCAAUUGGCAAAAAACUUGGCUUGUGAGUGGGCAAAAGAUAAGAUUAGGAUCAACAGUGUUGUACCUUAUUUCAUCAAAACUCCUCUGGUUGAACCCAUUUUGAGUGACGAAAAGCUUUUGGAGGUUGCCAAGUCUCGAGCUCCAUUAGGACGAAUAGGAGAGCCUGAAGAGGUGUCUGCAUUGGUGGCAUUUUUAUGCCUCCCGGCAGCCUCAUACAUAACAGGGCAGACUAUUUGCGUCGAUGGAGGACUGACUAUCAAUGGCUUCCAGUUCUAAGCAUGCUCGCUCGAUCAUGAACGUUUUUAUAGGGUGGCGGCCUCCAGUCUCCAUUCUUGUCUUGUCUAAAAUAAAAUGGGACAAUAGAAAAUGUAUUAAUAUUUUUAUUAACGCCCGCAAAGAUUCAUCUUUGGUUGCAUAA